AUGUCCCAGCAGGAUCUGGACCGUCCCUCCGCCAGAGCACCCCAUAACGAGUCCCCCGAACCAUAUUCGGUCCACACCCGCUCCAGGUCAACUGCACAUGCGCAUAGUCCUAAGCGGCUGUCCGUGUUCAGUGGACGCUCUCGCAGUAACACCACCAACUCUACCACCUCUUCCCGCCGUUCCCCCGCGUCUUCCAUGACUUCCGUGGAUGCAGCAUCGCUGCCGUCGCAUGAUGACCGGGCAACCUCGGCGGCUGGUGUCCGCCAUGAACGGCCCGAGAGCGUGACCAAGUCGCUCCUUUCGCGGGGAAGCCGGAUCCUCCGUCGUCAGGGAAGUAAGUUCCACAUUGUCUCCACGCUGGACGAGGAGGAUGAAAUGGAGCGUGAAAAGCCUCGCUUUGAAGUCUCGGAGAUCUUCAGCCGGAACAAGUCACGCCAUAGUGAUGCGCAUGACCAGCUGAAGAAUCUCAUCUCGGAUCCUUUUGACUUCCACCAUCUGACUCAUACGAGCCCGUCCCAAUUCCAAUCGCUGGAAAAAGCCCGGGAGACUGACCUAGUCACUGAGUUCUCGGCCAUUCGUGCCUCCCAGAGGCCUGUUACCAACCUGAAAGGAAUUCGUGCUGAAGACCUGCACUUCCGUGACUUCUCCACGGAGGAUCUUACUCAGUGUGGGACGGCCAUUGGCUGUGACGACGUUGUUCCCCCUCCGCCAACAAGCCCACCAGCAUCUCCAGGUGGUUCGUCGGUGAGUCCCAAGCAGCGCGACCUCAGAGGACGAAGAGAAUCGCGCGUCGUUGAGAACUUCUCGCGGCCUGUCCCAAGGUUUCCUAGAGUUGGGUCAACCAGCCCGCCGCCGAGAGCCUCCUCCCCGAGGCUGGCAUCCUCCCCUGAAUUACCUGAGCCAGCUCCUCGCGCCAUUGACGAGAUCCUGGGUCUGUCAACCCAACCGACAUACCCGGAGCAUGUAUACUCGCAUACCGAGGAUGUAGAACAUGGUGCUGCUUGGCCGCAGAUCCCUAUGGAAGACAUGUUCCAACCUCCUUCGGGCCAUGCCUUUCCAACGAGCGUCAACAACGAAGUGAUGAAUGCCCGCACCUCGUCAAUGUCCUUACCCACUCUGUCGUCAGACUUGGAAGACGUGCCAGAAGAAGAGGAGCCGGCCCCCUGGCAUGAAGGAGCCGGCCUCGAAACUGACGAGGUCUCUCCUCGCGCGCCUGUUAUGUCAAGAUCUCCACCUCUGUCUGAGGCGCAAUCUCCAUCCAACACUUCCCUGGCUGGCCCUAGGUCCGAUUUGUCCAUUUUUGUCGCCGAAGACUUGUCAAGAAAGUUCGCCGAGGCACUGGGUUCCCCCACCCUUCCACAGGAUCGUAUUGCACCACUGCAAGAGUCCAUGGCUCAGGAGCCAGUCCGAAGGAGAUCCUCAGUCAACUUGAAAGCCAUCCAAGAAACUAUAUAUGAGUCUUGGGACGCAGACAUUGACUACUGCUAUGAACAUGCUGCCGAGUCGAAUUGCAACUUUGACUGGACUCGCAGUUCAAUUGACGAGGCUCGACAAGACGAUGCGGAACACGGGGUUACUGGCGCAGAUGGGAACACUGCGAUGUUUGAACCAAUGCGGCUGAGCGCGUCGGCCUUGCCCGCUGCGGACCUGGAUCAUGUCCCCAGCGCACAGGUAGUGGUUACCUCCACACUAGAUGACAACACUGGCAUUGCUGUGACGCAGCGGGACAGUGAUUAUUUUCAGCCUGUGAGGUUUGCCCCUACCUUGGGGAAACAUAUUAGCCCCGAUUCGCUGUACGAUGAGUAUUUGACGGCGGACACGGAGUCAGACCGACACUUCGCCUUCUACUCGCAGCCAGGUGUGAUCCAGCCUAUGGACCAGUCUGUGUCUCCCCGGAGCAGCUUUUCCCCCAUCAGCAAGUGUAACUCCCAGGAAAGUUUGAUCCUGUCCCGCGCCGCGUCGGUCGUCCGCAAACAUCGUUCCUCCGUAUCGACUGCUAGUGUUCCUGAUCUAGUGCACAGUUUGGCAAGCAGCCGUGAGUUCCACCCAUCUGAGCAGAGACUCUCAGGUGAACUUUCAGGAAUGGGGCGCCCCGAAUCUUCCCAUCACCGGCAGACCAAGAGCCUGGCCCGCGAAGUUGAAGCCCAGCUUCUUUUCCGAGCCGAUGGCGACGCAAGCCCCGAGCCUUCAGGCUAUGCGUCCACCGUGGGUCCUUCCAUCCACGACAGAGCCAAGUCCACCACUGAAGUGGAGGCAGGCCCAUUGAUUGCCAGAGCCAUCAAGAAUGAUGCUGCCUCUAGGGCCGCCCCUCGGCGCAAGGGCCGCGCAUCCUAUUCUCUCUUCCCCACUCCUGCAGCCAAUUGA